AGCGGCAGGCGCGGGCCGGACCUGGACCCGGACGCAGCCACCACAGGGACGCCAUGAGCCAGUCAGGGGGCAGCCUGGGCCAGGCCGACCAUGGGGCCAAGAUGAGCGCCAAGGACCUGUUCGAGCAGAGAAAGAAGUACUCCAACUCCAGCGCCAUCAUGCACGAGACCUCCCAGUACCACGUGCAGCACUUGGCCACGUUCAUCAUGGACAAGAGUGAGGCCAUCGUGUCUGUGGAGGACGCCAUCCGGAAGCUGGUGCAGCUGAGCUCCAAGGAGAAGAUCUGGACACAGGAGAUGCUGCUGCAGGUCAACGACCAGUCCCUGCGGCUGCUGGACGUGGAGUCCCAGGAGGAGUUGGAGGACUUCCCACUGCCCACCGUGCGGCACAGCCAGACGGUGCUGAACCAGCUGCGCUACCCGUCGGUGCUGCUGCUGGUGUGCCAGGACUCCGAGCAGAGCAAGCCCGACAUCCACUUCUUCCACUGCGACGAGGUGGAGGCGGAGCUGGUGCACGAGGACAUCGAGAGCGCGCUGUCCGACUGCCGGCUGGGGAAGAGGAUGCGGCCGCUGACCCUAAAGGGCCACCGGGAGAAGAUCCGGCAGCGCCAGUCAGUCCUGCCCCCACCCCAGGGCCCGGCCCCCAUCCCCUUCCAGCGCCGGGGCGGGGAGGUGCCCAAGAACCGCGUGGGCCCCCCGGUGCCGCUCGGCGAGCCAGGCUCCCGCCGUCGGGAAUCGCUGGAGGAGGAGCCGCGGGCGCUGCUGGCACAGAAGAUAGAGAAGGAGACGCAAAUCCUCAACUCCGCGCUGGACGACAUCGAGUGGUUCGUGGCGCGGCUGCAGAAGGCGGCGGAGGCCUUCAAGCAGCUGAACCAGCGCAAGAAGGGCAAGAAGAAGGGGAAGCGGGGGCCGGCAGAGGGCGUCCUCACGCUGCGGGCCCGGCCCCCCUCCGAGGCCGAGUUUGUCGACUGUUUCCAGAAGACCAAGCUGGCCAUCAACCUGCUGGCCAAGCUGCAGAAGCACAUCCAGAACCCCAGCGCCGCGGAGCUGGUGCACUUCCUGUUCGGGCCUCUGGACCUGAUCGUCAGCACCUGCGGAAACUCAGACCUUGCGGCCUCCGUGUCCAGCCCCCUGCUCUCCCACGACGCGGUGGCCUUCCUGCGUGGCCACUUAGUCCCCAAGGAGAUGGCACUGUGGGAGCAACUGGGGGAGACGUGGACACGCCCCCGCUCCGAGUGGCCGAGGGAGCCCCAGGUGCCCCUCUACGUGCCCCGGUUCCACAGCGGCUGGCAGCCUCCCCUGGACGUGCUGCAGGAGGCUCCCUGGGAAGUGGAGGGCCUGGCCGCCCCCGACAAGGACCAGCCCGCCCCGGCCAGCCGACCGUCCUUCCGCAACUCCCCGAAGCCCAGCCUCCUCACCCAGCCCACACCCCCAGGAGAGGCCCUGCCCCCGGCCAGCUCCCCAAGCACUCACAGGGGCUACGAACCGGCUGCGGCCAGGUACACGAAGGUCCUCUACGACUUCACAGCCCACAACGCGAACGAGCUGUCGGUACUCAAGGACGAGGUCCUGGAGGUGCUGGAGGACGGACACCAGUGGUGCAAGCUGCGCAGCCGCAGUGGCCAGGCCGGCUACGUGCCCAGCAACAUCCUCCACGAGGCCCGGCCUGAGGACGUGGGCGCCCCGCUCCAGCAGGCCGGUGUGAAAUACUGGGGUCCGGCCAGUCCAACCCACAAGCUGCCCGCGAGCUUCUCUGGGAACAAAGAUGAGCUGAUGCACCACAUGGACGAAGUCAACGACGAGCUGCUCCGCAAGAUCAGCCACUUCAAGGCGCAGCCGCAGCGCCACUUCCGCGUGGAGCGCAGCCAGCCCGUGCGCCUGCCGCUCGGCUACGAGUCGGGCCCCGACGAGGUCCGCGCCUGGCUGGAAGCCAAGGCCUUCAGCGCGGGGAUCGUGGAGCACCUGGGCAUCCUCACGGGGCCCCAGCUCUUCUCGCUGAACAAGGACGAGCUGAGGAAGGUGUGCGGCGAGGAGGGCGUCCGCGUGUACAGCCAGCUCACCGUGCAGAAGGCCAUGCUGGAGAAGCCCCACGGCGGCUCGGAGCUGGAGGAGCUCAUGAACAAGUUCCACUGCAAGACCCAGAGGGAGGAGGACAGCUAGGCCGCGGCCGCCGCGCCUGCCCCGCCCGCAGCGUCGGCCCCCGGUGUGGA